AUGGAGAGCAAAAAGCGUGUGGAGGAUAUGAGAUUCUUGCACACGGAAAUUCGACGUAACGCCACGCUUCAUUAUUAUCGAGCAGACAAUGAAAAGAGGGGGAACAAUUUGAAGGAAAAAUGGGAGAGAGAGGCUCAGCUUGGCCAUGGGGCCUUCUCGACAGUUUUUCGAGAGAAAUGUUCGAGCGGCAGUACACCUAAACUACGGGCUAUGAAGGUCAUCGACAAAAAAGGUCAUUCUAAACUCCCAAAUCUUCGGGAAUAUUGCGAUCAGGAACUGGAUGCUAUAGCGAAGUUUUCUUGGCCAAAGUGUUGGCUGAUUAUCAUCAAGUAUGAAAGUUUUUUUGUUCAAUCUCUCGGCUGGUGCGAGGAUGAAAGUUAUAUUUGCAUCGCUAUGGAAUAUAUGGAACAUGGGGAUCUCCGAAGAAACCUCCAGUCAAGGAACCCGCUACCAGAGCAAGAAAUACAACAGAUUACAAUUCAGAUUCUGAUGGGACUUCAUUAUCUCCAUGAUAAUGGGUACAUCCAUCGAGAUCUCAAGCCUGAGAACGUGCUCGUUAAGUUAAAAGGUCCCAAGUGGUGGGUUAAAAUCGGCGACUUCGGUAUCAGCAAAAGAUUCGAUGAAAAUAAGACCGAUACUGGGAUGGGGACUGAAGGGUUCAGGGCUCCUGAGAGACUCGACCUUUACCCUCCUGGAACGGAACGUCGUCACCCUACAUACAAUAUGGAUAUUUGGUCGCUAGGUAUUAUGGUUUUCCAUAUGCUUUUUAACUAUUAUCCAUUUCCCGGUAUCUGGAGCUUAAUAUCAUACGUCCAGACCUCUAUCUUCCCUUCAAUACCACAAUCCUCUUCCGUCAACCCGGAUGCUUUAAGCUUCUUAAGGAGUCUACUAGCUGCUGAUGCUUCAAUGCGACCAUCUGCAAAAGAGGCUCUUGAAAACACAUGGCUGAAACAAGACCAAUCUGAUCAUACCUCUCGAAGAAAUGAAACGAAUAGUACAGCAUCUACAACGACGACAAUAGACUACAAAUCAUGGGAUACACCUAUUCCUCGACAAAUUAGGGUUGAGUCAAAAACAGAGCAUCCAAGCUCAAACUUACGAGACACGCCAAGGAAUGAGUUACCAGGCUUUGAUGCUCUCUCAAACUCACUCAGCAAAGAACACAGCCCUACGGCUUCCAACGAGCUUGAAAGUAUUGCUAAAGAUCUUGAAAGUGUUGAGCAUAUACCCACAAGAUUAAUUUCAAACCAACAAUCACUUAACCCGAAGGAAAUACAUCAACAGACUUCCACCGAUAACGAUGAUCUUCUUCGUUUUGAAAUGCUAUAUAAAAAUGGGCUAUCUUGUAUCGACGGAAAGAGAUACGAAGAAGCCGAAGUAGAGUUGUGCCAGGCCUAUCAGGGGCGGAAGAAGAUUCUUGGUGCGAGUCAUGAAAAUACACUUCAAUCUCUUCACUGGCUAGGUCAUGCUCUCCUUGAGCAAGAGAAGUAUUCGGCAGCCGAAGCAGAGUUGCGCCAGGCCUACCAGGGGCAGAAGGAGACUCUUGGUGCAAGUCAUGGAAAUACACUUCAAUCUCUUCACUGGCUAGGCUGUGCUCUCUUUGAGCAAAAGAAGUAUUCGGCAGCCGAAGAAGAGUUGCGUCAGGCCUAUCAAGGGCGGAAGAAGACUCUUGGUGCGAGUCAUGAAAAUACACUUCAAUCUCUUCACUGGCUAGGUCGUGCUCUCCUUAAGCAAAAAAAGUGGGGUGUUUUCAGGCGAACCAGAUUUCCAGAAUACUAG